AUAAAAGGUACCAUAUUUUCCCUUACUCUGGUGAUUCAGAAGCUUUCGUUGCUGCUUAUGAAGUUGUUGAUAAGAUAGAGAGACGUAGAUAUAAAGUGGUAUUCUCUGAGAGAGAUUGCUGAUGAUAAAGAAAUACAAGCAGUACAUGAAGCCAUCAUUGUUCCAAGCAGUAAGAAAUUCGUCCCCAGACAACACAGAUGUAUUGGCUGUGCCAAAUGAUGAUAACAGCACUGACGAGCAUGAAUUUGAUGCCCUUCUGGUAGCUGCCAGUAGAGAUUCAGAUAUGGCAAUAUCCAUGUUGACAGAAAUUGAGGAAAGGGGGUAUAAAUUGGUAUACCACUAUCGUGACUUUGUACCUGGAACUAUGGUAUGCAGUAAUAUCCUAGAUUUUGCAAAUACUUCUAAAGCUAUGAUCAUUGUGCUCACAGAGGCAUUUGAAAACAGUCGUUGGUGUCACUUUGAAGCCAAAAUCGGAAUCCAUAGAAUCUUUGAGACAAGGGGUGCAUUUAAGAUGAUAGUGAUCAUACAUGGUGCGAUUAGUGUACCAGAGUACCUGAGAUGGCUUCCCCGUUUCAAGUCAAAUGACCCAGAUCUUGUUGAGAAAGUGAGCAGAUGUAUUGAUGAAAGAGAUGUUCCAAAGCAACAGACACCAUCAUUAAAAGCCAAAAUCAAAUCAUGGUUUACAUCUGAUGGAGGCCAAGCCAAACAGCCAUCACCAACAAAGUUCUCCAUGAAUCAAGAGACACAGACUGAGGAGGGUCCUGUUGAAACAGCAGAGAUUGAAGAAAUAGUCUUCAAACCAAGUGAUGUCAAAGACAAGUGUGACAUGCCUAACAAUGCAGUGGGAUCAAACGAAGCUGUGCCGAUCAAAAAUGAUGUAUCUGACUUACCGAACAAUGCUGUACAAUCCAAUGAAGCUAAACCAAUUGAUGAAAAUGGAUCUGCAUCUAAUGUUAAAGAUGAGAAUAUUCCUGUCACCUCUGGAGAAGCUGGCGAGGCAUUGCUUGAUGAUGAGGAAGGCAAACUAAAUGUAGCCUCAAAUGCUAUUGCAUACUACAUACAUGAAUGCGAUAACGUACAUAUUGGUGAUGUCAUCCAUACCUACUUUACAGAUGAAGAGAAAAGGCAGAUGAAAGAAGAUCUGAUAGCUGACAUAAGGAAGGAGUUUGGAAACCAGAUUGUUAGGCCAAGUAAUAUGAUGAUACCACAGAUAAAUACUGACAGAAUUAUCUAUGAUAUCAAAGUGCUGAUGUAUUCUACUUUUAGUUAAAAAGUUUCUAUAUAAAGAAUGAAUGAACAUAUACUGUUUUUGAUGAUGUAGGGUGAAUCCUUAGAUUUGAAAUGGAUCAAAUCCUUAUAACAUUUCAGAUUUCGUAAAAUAAAUUAACCUUUGUGUGCUUGCCUAUAUGUAUUCCUUAUAAUAUGACUAUUUUUUAUCAUUCUCCAUUGUGUUGUAAGUUCAUUAAUAUGAUGUGCUAUUUAAGUCUUAUGUAGAUGUUGCCACAAUGAUUUGAUGGCUUGACAUUACAUAUGCCACCAUUAUAAUUCAACUCAUAGCUGCAACUGGAGUCAAAAUUACAAAGCAGACAUAUGAGUCUAUGUGUUUACAUCUGUUCUGAACCUAUGGCAAACUUGGUUAGUUUCAAUUUGAUUAAAAAUCGUAACUAUACCAAAGCUGAAUUACAUUGAUAAAUCAUAUUGUAUAGUUUUUUUAAUUUGCUCAAAAUAAUUUGUAUUUUAUGCGCUAUAAUCAUUAGGGGUCAGAGCAAUCUAUAUAACAUUUCAAAUCUUUUUUGAUACAAGGCCAACAUUUACUAUUUUCUACACAAAUGUAAAAGACGGAAUAGGUGCAUCUCCAAAGAAUUGAAAUUUCAUUCUGUGGAUAUUUUCUAUUAAAAUACAUGUACUAUCUAUUUCAACUUCAGGUUAUCAUAGUUGGGCAAUUAAAUGAUUCAUAUUCUAUGAGUUAUUUUUUCACAAACUUCUUAAAAAUUUAAUAUGCUUUAUGUUAUGCUACAUAUAUUAUACAAGUGCUUCCCCAACUGUUGAUGUAGUUUCAUAAUAGGUAUUGUUUUUC